AUGCUCUGGGCCGUCCACUUAUUUUGUAUUUGGGCCGGCGUUUGUACGUUAGAAGCCCCGCUCGUUAACACAAAGUUUGGCCAGAUCCGAGGGCUCGAUUUUGAGCGCAGCGAUGGCCAAUGGUCAGAGUUGUUCCUCGGAAUUCCGUUCGCAAAGCCGCCCGUUGGGGAGUUGAGGUUUGAGAAACCAGUUAUGGUGGAUAAAUGGGAAAACGUGUUGGAUGCAACAAAAUAUGGGCCUUCAUGCCCGCCACACAACAAAUCGGUGACAUUUCCGCCCUCUAGUGAGGAUUGCUUGCAUCUUUCCAUUAUUCGGCCGAAAGAUUUGGAUGAACAGCGAAAGCUUCCCGUGCUAGUCUGGGUCCAUGGGGGCGGAUAUUCUGCUGGCUCUGCUGCCAAUUACCCGUAUCCGGGCCUGGCAAACAUCUACAACGCUCAACGCGUGAUCGUCGUCGAAAUCCAGUACAGACUCGGAUUCCUCGGCUUCUUCUCGGAUGGCGACAAUUUACCCGGAAAUUUUGGUCUCUGGGACCAGCUUGCCGCCCUGAAAUUCGUGCAAGAGGUUAUCGAGGAUUUUGGUGGAGACAAAGAGAAGGUAACAAUUUGGGGAUUGUCAGCUGGUGGAGCAUCUGUUUCUCAACUCGCUUUAAGUCCAGAAGCUGACGGACUAUUCCGAGGUCAGAUCGCAAUGUCUGGAGGCUCGUUGAUGAACUGGGCGUUUGGGGAGAAUGUGCUCAAUCAUUCGAGGGCCUUGGCCAAAGAAUUGGGCUGCCCCUUCAACAGCGGCCUGAAACCUUGCCUAAAAGCUCUGCCACUAGAGAAAUUCUACGAGGCCGUCGAACCCUUGGGCAGCACACAGUAUAGUUUGGAUCUGUUAAAAUGGCACCCGAGAAUUGAUGGGGAUUUGUAUCCGGAGAGCGCUGAAAAAUUGAUUGAGAAAAUGCCAAAACGACCCCAAAUCAUGGGCGUGGCCUUGAAGGAAAGCUUGUUCUUUGUCGUUCUCAACCUUGCCAAAUCUAUUCAUAAAUUGGAGGUCGAUCCGCGGGAAUUUAAGAAUUUCGAUAGAGCUGAAUUGGAGCGGAGGAUAAAAGAUCUCGUCGCAAAUUCUGAAUAUUAUCACGAUCAAAAGGACGCCGUUUUCGAGAAGGUCUUUGCAGAAUAUACACGAGGGGAAGAGCAUAAGCAGCCUGGAUUUUAUUUGGAGAUGUAUUCAAAAUUGCUCUCGGAUCUGAAUUUUAAUGUGGGUCUCGUGCGUGAAGCGCAGCUACGCGCGGAAAAUGAUCUUCCCACUUUUGUCUAUUUGACGGAGCAUUUCAACAAGGCCAUUUAUCCGGAAGGCUAUGAAGUGACAGGAGCCACACAUGUCUGCGAGUUGCCCUACGUCUUCGAGCUGUUCCCGUUGGGGAAGUAUGCAAUUCAAGGAAAUCCUGUUGAAGAAAAAGUCAACCAAUUCUUCCAACAGUCGUUUAUAAAUUUUGUGAAAACCGGACAACCAGUGAACAAAAUCUCUCCCUGGCCUUCAGUCACCACUGAAAAUGUGGCCGACCUGCCGUACGUGCAUAUCACCGACAGUCCGCGACUGCAACGAGGCGGAUAUUUCGCGCGGGAGACCGAAUUCUGGAAUCGAAUCGCGCGCGACUAUCACUUUGACGCGGUCACGCUGACGAAAACGGAGAAAAACGGCAAAUCCGAGCUU